CCUUCCACUCUUCGUUUUUGGCACUGAAUAAAAUACCUACUUCAAUUUCCAUUUCCAAAAACCUGCCCUCUCUCUUUCACCUCUUUCCCCAAACCUUUGUCUACUCCCUUUGGUGGUGAACAUGGAUUACCUAAGAAUCACUGUUUCUUCGCCUGACCACAUGUGGCUUUAAAUUUUCAACACACACACACAUACAAGCAGAAGACGCAGGCAUUGUGUUGUUGUUGAUAGGGAUGGAUGAUGAGCAGCUAUACACCUCCUUCCAUUAUUCAACAUACCACACUGAUUUCGAUGGAGAUGGAAUGUCCACUCAACAUCAUCAUCAGGAGCAAGACCUAAUCAAAGCUCGGAUUGCUAAUCACCCACUCUAUCCCACCUUGCUCUCUUCCUACAUCGACUGCACCAAGGUAGGUGCAUCUCCAGAAACGGCUUCUCUUCUUGACGAAAUCCGCAGAGACACCAAUCCCAUAUUUGUAACAAAUCACUUUGGGACAGACCCUGAACUCGAUUCCUUCAUGAGAUCAUACUGCGAGUCUCUACGCAAAUGUAAGGAGGAGUUAUCGAAGCCAUUCGAUGAGGCGAGGAGUUUCUUAAGCAGCAUUGGAUCUCAGCUCUCUCAUCUCUGCAACCAAAACCUACCUUCAACUUCUAUUCAUUCUAAUGAUGAGAGGGCGUGUAGAUCAGAGGAGGAUGUAAGCUGUGGAGAAGUGGUGGAAGGUUGUGGAAGCAUGCUAGAAUCAGGAGGCGAUGGGGAGUUGAAAGAGAUGCUGAUGCGGAAAUACAGCGGGUACGUGAGCAAUUUGAGGAAAGAGAUGUUGAAGAAGCGGAAAAAGGGUAAACUGCCAAAGGAUGCUAUUUCUGCUUUGUUGGACUGGUGGAACGCACACUAUAGGUGGCCUUACCCUACCGAAGAAGAGAAGAAGAGGCUGUCGGAGAUGACGGGGCUGGAGCAGAAGCAGAUCAACAACUGGUUUAUCAACCAGAGGAAGCGCCACUGGCGCCCCUCCCACGACAUGAGAUCCACCCUCAUGGAAGACGUCACUGCCACUGAUUCAACUUUGUAACCAUUCAAUUCCUUCCAAUCAUUUGUAUCUAAAACUACCCUCUUCACGUAUUACCAUUAUCACUAUCUUUUCUUUUUUCUUUGA